GAAAUAAUUUCUCCAUUCCCAUUUUCUGACUCACACUAAUCCAUUUUAGGGUGCGGGAAAUGCGACAGCCGAUCUCUUACCAGGCCGUGCUCUCACGCGCCACGCGUGUCACAGACGCACGUGUCCCGCUCCGAUAGAGAUCGCGAAGUUCCUGCACGGUUUUCCCGCAAUUCGCUAAAGUCCACCUCGCCUUUGUAGCUAGCGAACGUUAUCCCGAAGUUUCAACCGGUUAUUGCACCCGAUGGCGACCAAAUGUUUCCUCCUGCCUCUAGUCGCGAUUUUCGCACUGGUGGUUUCGCUUGUGAUGACGUCAGAGAUCGCGUCAGCACAGUGCAGCCACAGCCAUGGUCACUCCCAUGGUCAUUCCCAUGACCAUGACCAUCAUGAUCACAUGCAUGGUGGUGGCGCUGGUGGGAUUUCCUCGUGGGAAGAUAUAGAGCAUGCAGAUGAGCACAUCCACAUGCAUGGGCAUGAUCAUGAUCAUGAUCAUGACCAUGGGCAUGCGAAUGGGCAUGGACACAUGCAGAAGGACCAUGGGCAUCAUCAUCAGCAUCACCACCACCACUCCCACGCAGCAGGGCAGAAGGUGAAGGGCAAGGCGCAGGCAGCAGAGAGAGCAGCGGGGUUCAGGCACCCAGAGGAGGAGGCGGAGGAGAGGGCGUUGAGGGAAGAAGAGGAGGACGAGGAGGAGGAGGAGGACUGGGAGGCGGACAGGACAAUCUGGCCCAUGGACCAGAAGCUGCUAGCCAUCUGGCUGGAGGCUAUGGGCAGUGCUCUCGUUGUUUCGCUCUGCUCCCUCAUCUGCCUCACCCUGCUGCCCCUCGUCUGCUACAAGGGCAAGCUUCCCCGGGCGCUGGUUGACGGCCUGGCUGCAUUUGGGGCUGGAGCCAUGCUAGGAGACGCGUUCCUGCAUCAGUUGCCACAUGCCUUCGGCAGCGGAUCGCAUUCCCACAACCACACCCAGUCACAUGACCAUGGGCAUGCACAUCCACAUGGACAUGGGCAUGAGUCCCAUUCACAUGACCACGGGCAUGACCAUGGCCAUGAGGAGGGGGGAGGAGGGCAUGCGCACUCCAUUGAAGACCUUUCAGUCGGCAUCGCAGUGCUGGUUGGCAUCGUGCUUUUCUUCCUAGUGGAGAAGAUUGUCAGGCGCGUGGAAGAAUUGACUUCACAAGGCCGGGCUGUGCCGUUUGCUGCUCACAGCCACCAGCACCACCACCACCAUCAUCACACUCCCAAGGGUGACGAACCCAAGAAGGAGGGCAAGCAUGACAAGGGCGAAGGAGACGAGGGAAAGGACGAGGCUGAGUGUGAGACAGCGAGUGAGAAAGCGAGUGAGAGAGUGAGUGAGAGAGUGAGUGAGAGAGUGAGUGAGGAGAAGGAUGGAGUGGCAGGGAAUGAGGAGAGAGAGGAGGGCGAAGGAACAAGCGGAUCUGACGAGAAUUGGAAGAGUGUGGAGGAGACAGAGGGGAGCUCCAAGGACGGGUGGGAGGAUGUGGAUGAGGGGGGGGAGGAGGAAGGGGAGAGGGGAGGAGACGAGGGGAGUGACACCAAGGCAGAAACGAAGAUGGCGAAGGAAGAGGAGGGGGGAGGAGAGGGGGGGAUGGAGGAAAAAGAGGGGAAAGAGGCAGAGGAGGAAUUGAAAGAGGAAGUCAGGGAGGAAUCAGAGGAGAAGGGUGGUGCGGAUGGUGCUGGUGGUGCAGGUGGGGGUGUUGGGGGGUUGAGGAGGCGGAGGGCAGGUGGCGAUGCGCAGACAGUGACAGCAGACAGGAGCGAGGAGGGAGAGAAGGAGGGUGAUGCAGCAGCGACUGACAAUGACGAGAAGAAGGCCAAGGCAGUGGCUGUGGCAGCGCCAGCAGGAGCGAGUCUGUUGGCAGCCGCAUCUGGUGCACCUGCAGUGAACAAGCACCUUGUGCUGGGGUACCUCAACCUCUUCUCUGACGGCGUGCACAACUUCACAGACGGCAUGUCGCUGGGCUCGGCCUUCCUCCAUCGGGGUGCUCUUGGUGGCUACUCGCGCAUGCUGUUCAUGAUCGCUCACGAGAUUCCGCAGGAGGUGGGGGACUUCGGCAUUCUGGUUCGCUCGGGUAUGGGGGUAACUCAAGCCCUAGCGCUCAACUUCCUCUCUGCCCUCACUGCUCUGCUCGGCACUGCUGCUGCUCUCAUAUUCGGCGGGCAAGAGGCGCACUCGGGACUCAUAGAGGGCUUCACGGCAGGAGGGUUUAUCUACAUUGCAGUGGCAGGGGUCAUGCCUGACAUGCACGCACAGGGGGUUGACAUCCUCUCUACUGGCAUUCAGCUCGCUUCGCUUACAGCAGGGGUCGCUGUAGCUGUUGUGAUCUCUCUCUUAGAAUAGGGUAACUUGAAUUGAGUCACAUGGUAACUGACAUGCCCGCACAGGAAGUUGUCAUCCUCUCUACAAGCAUCCAACUCGAUUCGCUUACAGCAUGAGUCGGUGCAGCUGUUGUGACUGACUUCCCUUCUAGAGAUGGCUGCCACUGAUGGAGUGCUUGUUAGACACCGUGCAUGUGCAUCAUUACCACCAACAAUUCACCGGGUGAGCAUCAUCUGACUCUCAUGCAAUUCACUCCUGGUAGGCACGGUUCCUGAAUCCCCUUCUACAUGGGGAUACCGGUAGUUAAGCUGGGGAGCAGUGUAUUAGCAAGUGCAUAUAAAACAGCUAACUAGCUACACUUACGGAGUCAACAAGACAUCUUUAUUUCCGAGUCAGAGACCUGGGCUGCAUUGCCUGUGAUGUACAGUAUCCAACAGCAACCACUCCGAUGUUUUAGCUAGGGAGAAAAGGUGACGAGAGAAAAGUGGAGUUGGACUUGAAAGAGGGAUACAAGAGGGGUGUUGUAACCUCUACAGUAGGAUCCAGUAUUGUAGCACACCUU